CAGUGCCAUAGUACGCUGAAACCUAAGAGCAGAAUGUUCACAAUGUCUCAACGCGACCAACGAAACCUGGAAUUUCUUCACUGUUGUAUGGAUGAACUUCACGCUUCUGCCUGAACUCUUCUACAAGACCCCAUAUCUACGAUAUAGUACUGCUACUUCGUGCCCAACAUGCCCAACUUCAUCAGCAAAGCCUAGAUGCUCCUAUACUAUAUAUACGUCCCUCUCUUCCCUCGAUCGCUUUCUGCAUCCUCAUCCUCUCUCUCCUCAGUCGAUAUAUAUAUAAUCACUCUUUGGAAGAUUCAACUCAACACAAUCACGUUCUGUCCGUCUUCCAGACACAAAUCUCGACCUGCCAACCAGUCAACCUACUGACUUUGCUCUACCGUCUCGCCACGUCUCUCCCUAUCACAACAUCAUCAUGGGCGCAGCUUUUUCUCUUAUGGGCGCUGUGCUUGGAAUCGUCUUUGGAGGUGGUAUCGGCGUUCUCGCCUGGCAGCUUGGAGAAGCUAUGCAAUCCAGGAGCGUCGAGGGAACCACAAUAACUGUGGUGAAUGGCAUGCAAGGAUUGCCACAAGCGAAUCUGUCUGGCGUUGAAAUAUAUGGCGCAAAUGAUACUUCGCGCUUUCUAGGUGGGCAACAUGCCUUCCUUCCACAUUUCGGCAGCCAUAGCUUUCCCGCUUUGGAGAACCCGAAUUACGUCUACAUCACGAAUUCGGGUGACCCUGUUUGUAUCGCCGGGAUGGAGGUGCGGUUCCCUAACGGGUCAAGUGUGGCCAUCUCCGGUAACCUCGGUAGGACUUGUGGACUAGCAACCUACGAGUCGAGCCAGAGCGUUCUCCCAGCACCAUAUGACAAAGCCGGAGCAUGUGUCUGGGUGGAUCGUCACGGGUCAAAUGGUAUUCAGCAGCAUGGCCUCAUUUUCGACAUUACUCCGGUCUUGCAAGAUCGCGAAAAAUACCAGGCUCAAAGGCCCGAGGAUCUCUGCAAGCCGCCAUUCCACAACCCUGUUCCAGAGUUGCAGCAGGCUCUGGUGAAGAGAAUCGAAACCAGUCCGGGCACCGGCGGUUUCAGUACACAACUGAUCAAAAGCAAUCUGGAGAAUACUGGUGCUGUUGUCCGCCUCUGCGAAGGCAAAACCAAUAUCGGUCCCGACUUUGCGAGUCUGCCUGAGAGACUCUACUGUGAUAUGGACACGAGAGAGAUUCACCCCUUUUGUGAGGAGAACACUCGUGGCGUUUGCUUCGAUCCCGAGCAAGAUACUCUUCUUGAGAUGAACGACGAAGCUUCUAUUCCAGAAGUUGGUGGCGUCCAGGCCCGAGGGAGCAAGACCAGAGUUGUCAAGUCUUUCAAGCAGGUCCAGGUCUGGAACUAGUCCCAGGUCUAGCCUGUCAAUUUUGUUCCUCAAGUGAGUCGCUUUCGACAGAGGAAAGUGUGCUGUAGGCGACGGCCAGAGUGAAGGAUUUGUUAAGG